AUGUUGCGAAACCGGGCUGUUUUGAGUGGAUUGCGAAGUGGUCGUAGCGGCAGUGUUGCGAGUGCGAGUUUGUGGGCGCGACAGCUGUCGUCGUCGGCGGUUCGUCGAAAUGAGGAGGAUAUUUUGAAGGUUUCAUUGAAUGAUAGUGAUCUCAACUCGGUUGAUACUAAGAACUUUUUCAAGUAUACUUGGGGCAGAUGGUUGGUUGACGAUGAGAAACAGAGGGCUGCUAGAGAGACCAAAUUCUCGUUGCGAGGAUUGGCAGACGUUUUGCGCGAGAAAGUCGACUACCUACAGAAAUCGCCGUCAAAUGCGGAAUUGCAAAUCAAGACGAUUGCUCCGUAUCAUGAAGGUAAACAUAAUAAGAUCUAUCGAGUGGAUUUAGUCGAUGGACGAUCAUAUGCUCUUCGUAUUCCGUACUCAAUUGGAUUCCCUGAGUAUAGAAAGGCCCGUAUGCAGAGCGAGGUGGCUACUAUGGACUUUCUCAAGAAGAAACACAAUGUUCUUAUGCCAUCGGUCGUUUCAUGGUCUCCUACUAAAGAUAAUCGUCUUCAAUCAGAAUACCAGAUUAUGGAUUUUGUUAGUGGAGACUCGCUUAUGAAACAAUGGCAUCCCGGAUCCAGUGAUAUCAAGGCCAAGAGCAGUAUCAUUAAACCAGUUGUUGAUCUGUUUGGCCAAAUUGCUGAAACUAAGUUCAAUAAAUACGGCAGUUUGUAUUUCACAGAGGAUGUUGCUUCUGAAUACCAGUCCGAUUUACCAUAUGAAGGAGAAACUGAUCCUGAUCUCGUUGAUAGAUACAGAAUCGGACCCACUGUUGAGGGUCGGUUCUGGAAAGGCAAGACUGCUGCCAGUGCUGCCGAGUUCCGUGGUCCUUGGACUUCAAUUAACGACUAUCUCGGUGAUUUGGGCAAUGCGCAAAUUGCAUAUGUCCAGGAACUUCUUGCCGACCCCAGUACUGCUGAAAACGUCGAGUUCAAGACCGAUCUUGAGAAAGCUCUAGCUACUUUUGAGAGAUUUGCUCGUACUUCCCAAGUUCUUUUUGACGCUGAAGCUGAAGAAUUAUCACCUGAAAUCACAGCUCCUCGUUUACACGAUCCUGAUCUCAACCCUAUCAAUAUCAUCCACCGAACCGAUCCUGUCAAAUCGUAUUUAUUGGAUCUCGAAGGAACCUCGAUUCGUCCUUUCCUUCUUCAUGGAGCACCCACCUUUGUAAAGCAUAAAGGACCUAAGAUUUUCAAGAAAGAAGAUAUCCCCGACUAUGAGACCUUAUCUGACGCAGACAAACGAGCUGUAGACCAUUUCAUUGUUAUGACCCAGAACCAGUUUGCGUUUGAAUUCCUUCUCAAACAAACCAAACCCGAAUUGUUCCCUGCCUUCUCCCCCACCAUCAAACGCCGUCAAGAGCUCGUUCAAACCGCACACAACACACUCGUUCCAUCGAAAGAUUACAUCGAUCUCGACUAUGACAUCCUUCGAUUGGCUCAAGAAUGGCAAUUCCUGACUCUGGACCGUCCUUUCCCCGUGGAGUACACCCAAGCCCAGCUCGACGCCUAUGUCCAAGACAUGGACGCCUGGAGCAAGCACGUCCUCAACAACCCCUUCCUCGAGACCCGAGGCUGGGUACCCAUCAACCUCUUUGAACAGCUCCUCGGCGAAGGUACCCUCGUCCGUAAAGACAACGGCAACUACGAAUUCGCUCGUCCCUUCUCCGUCUAA